ACAACCCGAAAGCACGGACAACCCGAAAGCAUAAUGCCUCCGGCCACGGCUGUAGCGUGGCGGAGGCAUAAAAAGUGCAGCUCAAGGUAGAUACCUGUGCGAUCAGGCGGCUCCUGUUCUCUCGAACAGGUCAUAUGGUGUGGCAAGUCCGCAACUCUGAUUGGCUUUGGGCAGGAUUGCAAUGCAACUGCAGUUUAUUUCCAUUUGGCAAAGAGCCCAUACUACAUUGCGUUAAGUCAGAGCCCCUGGGCUAGAGCGCUUAUUUUCGCUGGAAGUAACUAGCGGAAAUCAAACCACGCCCUAACAUUGGAAAGGGAGGUGUUUUAAAAGUAAAUACACAGCAGGUAUAUCCAGUAGGUUAGAAUCGGAAUUUUGGAGUAACAACUGCAUCCCAUUUUGCCAUCGCAAACUGUCUUCUUACGAAAUGAACAUACAAUAUAGGAGUUGAUAUACCAGUACACAGUAUAAAAGUAGCUGAACAUCCACACCAGGUAAAAAAAACAACUGGAUUACGGAGGAAGACAGCAAAUAAAGCAAAUAUGUUCAUCGAAAGAAUCGAUUCUGAAUACUUCGUGUGCGCUGAGGAUCGGGGAUCUGGAGUGAUGACAAGCCCGAUAAAUUUGUCUUCUUUCUACGACAACUCCCCACCACCGUACCAGUCCAUACACUUUACUGGGCACCCUCUUUCCAGCUCGCCGGAUUCAUAUUCACAGCCAGGUGCCGUCUGGGGCAGUGCAUCUUGCUCGAAGCAAACCAAAAACCAUUUCAGCGUUGUGAACGAUGGGACCGCUAAGGAAACCAUGAAACCGCAAUCUUACAUGGGAGUGCGCGUGAAAAACCCGGUAAAGGAGCUGAUUAUGCAGAAGUACCGCAACCAAAGGUCCUGGAGCUCAAACAAUCAGAUCCAGGACAACGCAACCUGCCCUGAACUGUUCUUCACUGACAUCACCGACAUGAUGCUGCAGACACCAGAGUCUGGCCCCGUUUCCAUAACGACUGCACAGAUGUCUCCCCUUGCUGUGCCCCACUGCAACACUGUGCGCCCCCAUGCAGACACCUCCACUGAGACCAUCGUGCAUGCCAUGUACCCCAGCACCUGUCCUGGGAGCCUGCCUGUAGCAAUGGGAAACGGCUUCCAAAUUCCGCCCUUCAUCCCCCAGCCAGACCCCCCACCUCCCUCCCAGUCCCCCUCCUGCGAUGCUCACAGUGGAACCUCCUUCUUCCAGUGGCAAAUCAAGCAGGAGGAGGAGAAAGUGGCCAGGCUUGCACUAGAGCAGCUUGUGGCCCAAGACAGCGAUGGAGACACGUUUUUGCACAUCGCCGUAGCUCAAGGAAGAAGGGCUCUAUCCUAUGUGCUUGCCAGGAACAUGGCCCGUCUCUACAUGUUGGAUGUGAAGGACCACAAUGGCCAAAGUGCCCUUCAAGUGAGUGUGGCAGCCAAUCAGCACUUGAUUGUACAGGACCUGAUUACUCUAGGGGCACAGAUCAAUACUGUGGACUGCUGGGGACGCUCCCCUUUGCACGUCUGUGCUGAAAAGGCCCAUAUCCUGACCAUGCAGGCCAUACACAAAGCUUUGGGGGCAACUGGACAGAAGGUGAACAUUGAGGCAGUCAACUACGAUGGACUGACGGCACUGCACACUGCAGUCCUAUCCCACAAUGCAGUGCUGCGGGACCUGGAAGGGGAGGCUGCGCAGCAGUCUCCGCAGACGCAGGCCCUGCAGCAGAGGAGGAAGCAGCUGGGGGAGUGCGUCAGGACCCUGCUGCAAAUGGGCGCUUCUUACAGGACCGAGGACCACAAAAGCGGGCGCACUUCACUGUAUAUGGCUGCAGAGGAAGCGAACGUCGAGCUCCUGCAUCUCUUCCUGGACCAGCCCGACUCCCUGGCCAUAAUCAACGCCCAGGCCUACACUGGGAACACGGCCCUCCAUGUGGUCAGCGCGCUGUCGGGCAGGGCCACUCAGGUGGACGCGGUCAAGCUGCUGAUGCGGCGGGGGGCCGACCCCAGCAUCAGGAACCUGGAGAAGGAGCAGCCUUCCCAGGUAGUGCCGGAGGGACCCGUGGGCGAUACGGUGUGGCGUAUCCUGAAGGGGAAAGAAGAGAAGUCCAGGCCGCCCCGGUAUUAGGGCCUUGGACCAAUCACCACUGUCAGUUAGGCAGUCCAGUCUGUUGUGUAUAACCAUUUGCUGGCAUGAAGCAGAUGAACAGUUGUUUCUAUGAAAACGUUUUGAUCACUACAAUGUAGUGGGUAGUAUACGCUCUCAGAAAAAAAAGGGUUCCUUGGCUUGUCUCUGGAGGGGAGCCCUUUUUUUUUUAGUUCUUCAUGGAACCAUCUAUGAUAGGUGUGAAAAGUAUAAAUGAUCCCAGAUUGAACCAUUUUGCCUGACAAAGAACCCUCAAAAUAGAUGAGGCUCUUACAUAGAGACACAGAGGAGGCUUCUGGAACCCUUUUUUCUGACAGUGUAGUUCUGUAAAAGGUAGAAUUUUCAGCCGAGCUGGAUCACGUUGUGGAGGAGAGGAGCGGCACUGGAAAAAUUUUAAAGGAUUUAUUUUGUGAGAGAUUCCCUAUGGUUAUUCUGUGAUUUUCUUCAACACUAAUCAGGGUUGAUCCAUGCACAGACACAGUGACAUUAGCAGGACUCUAGAAUUAUGUGAUGUGCAUCUUGAUCUCACCGUUUUAAGACUGCCACAUGCCAUGUGACACCCCUGGGAGGACUGUGUGGCAGUUCUGGGUUUUCACCAUAAUUUGCCACAGGGAAAGAGUGAGCACCCAUACAAACCCAAAUAAACUAAAAACUUUCCCCCUUUCCCCUCAUGGGUUCCAGGCAAAUACAACAAAUUAAAAUAAACUAACAAAAAAAAACAAACAAAACAAAAAAACUCUGCAACAGCUUCGCUUCGCCUUUUCAUGUGGUCCAGCCAGGUCAGUUUCACUUUGCCAUUUCCCUCUUGAACUCUCUGACUCUCAGACUCCUAAUCUCUCAACCUCUCAGACUCUUAAUCUCUCAAUCUCUCUCUGCGUGUGCUCCUGGUCUCCGCCCUGUACUGUGGAGAGGAACACACCUUUAAGCACCAACAGGCCAGGUGUGCUCUCUCCACCAGUGGGCGACUCAUCCGACUCUUCACUGCAGGGGUGCCCAACAAGAGCCGAUCCAUUUCAGGAUUUCGUGCCGACUUCUGCUCUUUGUGAUUUAAUUAGCUCAAUCAUAACUUGAAUUGACAGUUGUAUAAGCACCAGCUACAGCCAAGGACUGCAAGCGUAUCCUAAAGAUUUUACAGUGCUCGUGUACAGGAUUGAACCAGCAUAGAUUAUAGAGCUGUCAGAUAAUUAAAAAUAGGGUAACUGGUUGGAAGAAAAACGAGCAUGCAGAGCAGCCCUCCAGGACUGGAGUGGUGCACCCUUGGGUUAGAGCAGUCAGUCAGUCAUUGAUGGUUCCAUAGGUGCCUAUGUUCACAUGGAGACUUCCUGACCAGUGUCUGUUUAAUACGUGUAUAUUACUGUAUGAAUAUACUGUCAGUUCAUUUUCUGGUAGCUGCUCACAUAAAACUGUGGGCAGAGUUAUUUUGGCUCUCUGUGCUAAAAACGAUGAAGUUAAAAAAGCAAUGAAUCUAUGUGGACAGUAGUUUCAGUAUUCUUGUAUAUUCACUGCUUUGGAUGGAUUAGAUGUCUGAUUUAUAUUUUAUAUUUACUUGUUUUUGGUUUGUUGUCUUAAGCCAACAACAAAGAAUUAGAAAUGCACCAAUAUUAACACUGAUAAGGUAUCCAUUUUCCCACUGACUACGUAUUUGUUUUGAAAACCUUAACCUUUUGUCCCUUUCUGAAGCCAGAUCAGCUUCUGCAGGUAAACAGCAGAAUGGAAUUUGAGAAGAAACUUAGUUGACCUAGUAACUAACCCUUAUCAGGUCAGGUUUUUUUGCAAUGUUUUUUCAACAGUGUUUUAGAACUCCAUUCCUUUUCAUUGCCAGUAGUGAUUGUUACAUUCUAAUCACCUAUUACACCCAUAAGGUGUAAUCUUACACCUUUAAGGCCCAAGGUGGGGUUGGAAAAAAUAAUUAUCUCUGCAUUAAGUAAGAGCUUAAAAUGGAUUCACAGAGAGCUGCCAUUGUAUGAUUUGUUUUCAUAAGUAAAUGCUUUCCUUUGACAAAGAUAUUUCAGAGGAAGAUUUUUUCUAAGCUGUACAAGGCUGUGUUUUAUAUGAGUCUAGCGACCUGUAGUAUAAGGUCUCAUUAUUAUCUACUUUCUCUGAUAAAUGUAAAAUGAUUAAAUGUAUUGGGUACAGUGACUAUUUUCACAGAAUGGGCUCAGUUGUAUAUUAUUACAGAACGGACAUAAAUUGCCAAUGAUAUCAGGAAAUAUUCUGCUUGCGUAGUAAAUUGAGUAUUUUAGAGAAAUGCAGUUAAAUACGAAUAGGUUAGGUGAGUGUUAAAUAUAGGAUCCGGUGGUGGUGAGCCUGAAUGAAAGGUGGUAACACUGAAUGGUGGACAGUGUCAGUAGUAGGAGAAAAAGAAGAGAAGCAUAAUUAACUUGGAAGUUAAACCUUGUUUGGGCUUUUGGACCUUUUUGCUGGAAGUUAUUUGCCUUUGUUUUUCUUCAAAUAUACUGAAGAUGUUUGUUGAACUUGUAUGACUGUGAAAAUAGGAUUUCACAUAACUGAAAUAAUUUACAUUCUUGAGUUUUUGCUGUGUUGGGUGUGUACGGGCAACUGGGUCUUCACUUACUUAUCUUUGUAAAUCAUCUUGAUAGUAAAACAAUUAUGACCAUGAAGCCAUCCCUUUUAUUUCCCCAACUCUGUUCAGCAAUAUCCAUUGCUGUUCAAUAUAUUUUUGUCCCUGUCCAUGCAAUUUUGGGACAGAUCAUUAUAAAUGUAAUUGUGCCAUUACAUCAUAUUGCAAUUCUCUUGUUGUCUGCUAUACUUGAUUAAAAGAAUCAUACACUUGGAAAUUUGAAAAGCUCCCAUUUUGUUUGAAUUAAUGCACAGAAUUCAAAUGCUGUUUGUGUUCUGCAUCUUUCUGUUGCUUUGUGCCAUUUACUUAAUGCCCCGCAGAUGGUAAGAGGAAAUUUGAGCAAACUGAAAUCAUAAUGUGCUUACCAGCCUCACUAUAGGGGGUGCAGUUGGGUCAUUUUUAGUUAUGGCCUUCUCAAGAAGGAAAAAUGCAUCAGGUCACACUCACUGUGGGGACACGGCCUGGAUCACUGGUCAAUUGUAAACUACAAGAUUAUGUUCAAACUAUUCAAACUAAGUCCAAACUAUUACACGGAAAGCUACAUUGACACCUAACUUUCAAGUCAGAUUUUUAAAGGGAUUUACAAUACUGGGCAAAUGGAGGAUGAGCUAAAAAUCGAAAAAUAAAACUAGAAAAAUAUUCUCUUGGCUGAAAUGCCAGAAAUGCAGAGAAACUGAGGUCUUAAGCCACGCCACCAUCAAAAUUCAUUUUCUAACACUUGGCCAGUGGCAUAUCACACAAGAAACUGCCAGCUCAAACUAUGGUGCACAUACACUGGCUGGGUGUGGCUUGCAUGGAAUGAAUUGGUACUGAGGCCGUCGGCUGGUUAACAGAAUUCGAAAGACCGUCAGCUACCGAACUGAAUGUAAUGUAAUGUGAUAACGGAAAGUCUCUCGCGCACAGCACAAUUAUUCCUGUGUAGCCUAACAAUGGCAGUUGUUCAUGCCUGGUUAGAUACAGAAGUUGGUAAGAUCCCACUUUACACAGCCAAGAAGUCAGGUCAGAAUACAGUUAACAUUACUACCUAGGCCUUACGGAGGGGAACUCAAAAAAAGGAAAGCUAGCCGUGAACGCAAGAUGCAGUGGAAUACAAAUAGAUACAGUGUGAAAUAAAAACAUGCAUC